AAAUUCGAGAUCCGCCAGAAAUUCAUCCAGCUUGGGCGACAUCAAAUUGUUCCGCGACAAUAUCAUUCUUACUGUAGAUGUCAUCACCAAGAUGCUCUACGAAUUAAUUGCAAUUGUCCGACCGGGCAGCCUCUCCGAGGUGAAGGAAAUCGCCCAAACCGUCGGUUCCCUCGUCCUCAAGAAUGGCGGUGUCGUCCGCGGUCUCGCCAACUGGGGUGUCUUCUCCCUACCGAAGCCUAUCUCAGUGCAUCAGAUGAAGCACACACACGGCCAUUACUUCGUCAUGCGAUACGAUGCCGCCUCAAAGGUUCACCAAGACGUACGAAAUACAUUGCGCCUCGAGCCCCGUAUGAUUCGCGCCGCCCAUGUCAAGCUCGGAGACGGAAAGCUUGAGUCAUUGGCUAGAUUUGGACCGCCCAAGUGGAAGACGACUGGUAGUGAGGCAUAAGGGGAGAGGGAAAGACUUAAAGAUAUAAAUGGAUGGCAAACGGCUUUAAUAGCGAGAACGAAGGAGCAGGAAAUCAUCAUGUAGGAUACAUGAACGAUCCUCGAAUGAGAGUGUGGGCGUCAGAGUCCGAGAAAAGACUUGGCCCUAUGCUUAGGCAUCACACGAUGCCGUGUACAAAAACGACGCUGCGUCUAAAGACAGCAGCCAUGGUUGUAUGAAAUAUUGUAGAGCUCCAAACUAUCAUUCGCUUCAUAAUGUACUUGUCACGUUUUCAAGGACCUAAUACAUGGACGAAUCUCACCAAGGGUUCAAGACACAAAUCACACAGAAAGACUGGUAACAUGAAUGUGUUCUAUUCUGUUACUGCAUGUCUAUCAUAAGUCAUCAAUUACAACCACACCGAUGGUCCGGGUGCU